AUGCUACCCAAACCUGUCUCUCGACAUCUCUUGUCCUUAUCCAAAACCACUCCUGGAAUUCCCCACACAGUCAAUGUGACACUAUGGGGUCGUCCUAUAAACGAUGCUCAGCACGUGGUCUUUUAUUUUGGAGGUCUUCCUGCAUCAGCUGAAGAACCUGCCCUUCAUUCCGUCACGUCGCCACACAACGAUGUCUACCAGGCACACAAUAUUGCCUUGCUCUACAUUGACAAGCCAGGGUUUGGGGAAACCUCCUUCAAUUAUUGGUUCCGACUUCGUCGGGAUUGGCCGGUGAUUGUAGAUCAAGUCGCCACGCAGUUGGGCGUUGCCGACACAAGAAGAUAUGGUGUCAUGGGCGUCUCCAACGGGGGUCCCUACGUCAUGGCCACAUUGACCCAUCCGAUAUUGAAGCAUCGAGUCAAGGCUGCCGCCAACAUUGUGGGCGUGAGUGAUGUAGUGGCUUCUGGGUAUUUUUCUUGGAAAUCUCCAUCGACGGCAUUUGAAGGAAUCUACAACUCACUGCCUACCUUUAUCACAGGACCCUUCACGGCUCUCGGAAUGGCCUUGGGAAAAAUAUACUUGGUAUACUUGGGAGGUUACCAGGCUGUCCUAGGAGAUCAGUUUCCACUCGAAGGGAGACCGGUUUUAGCCAAAGUGAUGCAAGAUUCCAUGAAGCAUCUUGGAAUCCCCGCGUCCAUUGAUUGCCAACAAGGAUUGAGUCCACUCUAUGCCCGCUCUUCGAGCAACCACGAUCCCACCAGUGUGGACCAGAAUGCUACAGAAGCAUACCAAGAUAUCAAAGUACCUGUGACCUUGUGGUAUGGGACCAAAGACUCGUCCGUUCCCAUGGCAUCAGCAGAAUGGCUAGCUGAGACCAUGCCGAAUGCCACAUUGCACAAGGUGGACUCCGGGCAUGGACUGUACUUGUUUCAUACAGAUCAGUUGCUGGAUGAAUUUGUGCGCAUCCUGGAUCAAGCGGAUGCCAGCGAUGAUGAUGCCGAUAGCAAGAAAGGUGAUUGA